UUGAGCCCAGCAGAGCGCCGUAGUGGCGGUUCCUUACUGGAGCCACGAAUUUUUCAAACUUUGGUGAUAUGAAAAUUUUUACACUUAAAUAAAAGGACACAUUUAUUCAGUCUCCGUGGAUGUCUUGUGAAGUGUUUACCAAAACAUAUCCUCCUGAAUUUCCACUCUUUUUGUAGUCUAAACUCAGGCCGUUGCUAUGGAGGACAUCACACGGCUGGUGUCGUCAGGUGACUGCCUGAAGAUCUGGGACUCGACCUCCAUGACUGUGAUGGAGCAGUUCAAUCCGCACAGUGCCACACAUCCGGUGGCUCAAGUGUGCUGGAGCAGCAGCAAUCAGUACCUGGUCAGUGCCAGCAGUAUAGGGGACAAACUGGUGGUAUCCAGUCUUAAGUCCUCACCAGUUGUAGUGAUGGAGCUUGGGGAAGGGAAAAGGCAAACCCGCGUCAGUCUGAACUCCACAUCACAGUUCCUGGUCAGUGGAGGCCUGGAUAAUACAGUUAAUAUCUGGGACCUAAAGACGAAGAGGUUGCACCGUAGCCUCAAGGACCACAAGGAAGAAGUCACAUGUGUGUCUUUUAAUGGAGGAGAUAGCUACAUAGCAUCAGGCUCUACCAGUGGAGAUAUCAUCCUCCACAGUAUUACAACCAACCUGUCUAGCAAACCCUUUGGUCAUGGGCCAAAUGUGCCCAUUCAUGAUCUGAGAUACUCACUGGUGAAGAGGUCUCUCCUGGGCACCGUGUCUGACAGUGGCUCAGUGGCACUGUGGGAUGCCAACACUCAAAAGGAGCUGCACUUGUUUGAGGGGGCACACAAAGCCCCAUGUUCAGGGUUGGCGUUCUCUCCAGCCAAUGAUUUGCUCUUUGUUACUGUGGGGCUGGACAAGAAAAUUGUCUGCUAUGACACCUCCAGCAAGAUGGUCUUUCGCAAUAAGCAGGUGGAUUCUCCGCUUACAGCCAUCGACUUUACUCCGGACGGUGCUGGAUUGGUUGUAGGCUCCACACAGGGCAGAAUUUACCUGUAUGAUUUGCGCAACCUCAGUGCACCGGUCAAAAUCACCACAGCUCACAAGACUUCGGUUACCUGCAUUCGCUUCCAGAACUCCACAUCCAAAUUAAAGUCCACUAAAACAUCAUCCAGCAAGUCUUCCCACCCAAAUAAGAGGGUCUCUGUAAAGCUGGGUGGUCAGCAGAUGGGACCUUCCACUCCAACAUCUACAGUACCACCUAGUGUGGGUGAAUUUCCAGGAGAAAGAGGAGAUGGCCAAGCCCAAAUCACAGGUACUGCCGGGGAGUUGUUCUCCCGAGAAGCAGAAGGCCAGCACAGUCAAGAUCAGCUGCCGAGUGCGGAGAAGUUUAGUAGUAUCGGCCGAAACAGCCUCAACCUGGAUAUUUUUUCCCCUCUUAACGAUGGUUUCAAGACACAUGGGUUUGGUGAUACCCCAACUUCAAGUAAUGGGGGCAGUAUAGAUGUGUUCUCAAGGGAGGCAGAAGGGCAACAUGGCACAGACAGGUUCAGGGUCGGCCGAAACAGCCUGGACAUCUUCUCACCUGUGCGAGAUGAUUACAAAGGCCACAGACUGAGUGAUGUAUCGAGUGGAAAGAAAGAUUUUGAAUACCUGCCUAAUUUCCCGGGUGGCUCGUCCCAGCGAAAGACCCCAUUGGGUACUUCAGGCAGUCGGUGCUACAGUCCGUCUGUGGUUCAGACUCCUCCACCAAUAAAAGAGGAGGAGCCCAUCACUACACCACCACAAGAACCAGAUAUACAGAAUGGCACAAAGGUGGAAAAGAAUAAUGGCAAUCGGCAAGAGUAUGAUACUAUAACAACACCCCCUGCCUCUCAGAGCACACAGGUUCAAUCAGUGCAUCCAUUUAACACACCUGAGCCAGCUCAGAGGAGAGAUCUGCCCACCCAGCUUACCUAUGAUUCACCGGCCAUUAGAUCCUCUCUUGCUGCUACACCAGCUCCAGCAGCAGUAGCAGCGAUGAAUUCUGGAGCUGAGGGCCAUGAAGCUCCACUCACCUCUGUUCAGAUGAACUUUGUUCGUAAUAUGAUCCAUGAGGCACUGGAGGACUUCAGGGACACCUGUCAUAGAGACAUUAUCAAUCUACAGGUGGAAAUGGUUCGGCAAUUCUAUAUUCAGCUUAAUGAAAUUCACGGUCUGAUUGAGAAGUACUCUGUGAAUGACACACUUGUCGAGGAGAUAGAAAAACUGAGAGAAGAAAACAAGCGACUACGAGCCAAUUAUUAACGACAUUCAUGGACAUGCCUCUCUCUAUGCCUUACGAAGCCUGUGACAGUCCGAGAAUACUGACCGAAGUGAAAGAGGGCGGAGAGUAGCUUAUAAGUUUCUACUAGUGCCUUAACUCUGCACACCUUGGCUCAAGACCAUAGCUCGACUUUGCAUUUGUUAUAGUGGCACACAAUUUUGUAUUUGUUUUCAGGUUGUUGUUUUUUUAAGAUUUCCAUGCAUUUAAAAAUCAAAUAGCAAGGAAGAGAACACACUUUGGUUUUUUUCUCAAAAGUGUGUGUUUUGUAUGCUGACUAUUUUACAGGAAAAAAGAAAAAAAAAGAUUACACAUAUUGGCACUUAGGACCUAAAAGCCUGAAUGUGGUAUAAUCACAAAACAUCUCAGUGUGCAUUUUCCAACUUAUGAAUUUUACUCUUGUAAAUGUUGUCCCAAUUAUUUUUACAAACCACAAGCCAAAAAUUGUAUUGGUGUGAUAGAGUAGGUAUGUUAUUAGAUAUUUCUUAGCGUUAUGCGUGUAUGGGGAUUACUUGAAUGCCCUUUCUUCUGGUUAUAGAUCAGCAGCAAUACUUGACAUCUCCUUUGAAUAAAUUUCAUAUGAUCUUGGCAAUACAUUUGGCAUUGAAAUGCAAAUGACUGACUUAGAAUCAUUAUCCUGUAUACUGUGCUCCUAAUCCACUUUUGUAGAUGUGUUCCUAUGGACUGGCCUAAAUAAAUUAUUGC